AUGGAACCACUCAAGCUCUACCAAAUUACCAGUAUGCAAAAGAUUCUUGAUAUUGUCGAGAGGAGAUCGGAUGAAAAAGAAAAAUUUAAGGAAACCUUGAAAGAAUAGCGAGCUGUUCUAAUGAAAACCAUAGAAAGCAUCAUAAUGCAGGCAAAGAAAAACAGUAUUUCCUCAUUGCAAUUAGAGUCACUGCUUUCUGAUGUCAAGCAAGGGGGUGAACCUGAUUUUGGAUUUAUUAACGAGCUAAAAUUUGGAGAUGAGAGAAUUGGAUGGUAGCUGUUUUGUGGAAUCAUCACCCCAUAUCCAAAAUACUAGAAACUUGCUAAAUAUAUCUAAGAGUAUCAAGAAUAAAAAGAAUUAGAACUUUAACUGUAUGAAAAACGAUUUAGACAGAAAAACAAAGGAUCUUCUACUCAUCUUAAAAUGAACAUAUUUCGAAAAAAUAUAAGCAUGCUCAGCAAGCCUUUGAUUAGGCCGACACCUACAUAAGACACACUCUAAGUAAAUAGUAAUAAAAAUGCGAACCCUAUAGUAUGGAAGCGAACUAUCUCCUUUGCAGAUGAGGUUGCUAUGAAUAGAAUGGUACAUAGUUAGCAACCAUCAUUCAAAAUAAUGGAGAGCGCAUCAUCUCCCGUCAAAACAAGAAAAAAGCAAAGAUCGAUUGUCCAAAAACAACUUGACAUGAAGUAGACAUCUAUAUUAGAGAAAUAUAAGCAGUUAAGGACAGAGGCUGAAGAUCUUAAUAAAGAGUUCUAGAAGCAUUGUGAGCUCGUAUAAAAGAUUAAAAUUAAUAAGUUUGACAAUUUCUAUCUCAAUUUUGAAGGAGAGAAGAAACCAAGCAUUUCUCAUUCAAUGACCACUCCAACAACACCAACUGUCAGGAAGAUUCAAAGCCAAAGUCAAAAAUUAAAAGAUCCUAAGGGAAAUUUAUCGCCUAGAAAAGAAUAGAAUCCGAUCAUGAAUUAUAACAUCUUUAACCGCAUUCUGGCCAAAAUUUCAAAUGAUGAACUAUAAAAUCCUUUGAUUCAGUAAAGGGUGUUUUAGUAAUUUGCGAACUAUCUCGAGAAGAAUUUCAAGAGUUAAAGCAGAGACAUGUUCAACGCUGAGGUUGAAAGGAUAAAAACCUCUUUUAAAAAUAAAGGAAUAGAACCUACAAUAUUUGACUCAUUUGUCAGCAAGAUAUAACUUGACCCCCCUCCGUUACCUAGGCCUCAAAUGAAUCAGAGAUUAUCAAAAGAUAUAAAAAUAAAAAUUAUAAAAAACUAAGACGAUGAUGUUUUCAAUUUCAAGAGAAUCUCAUCUAAAAUGAAUGGGGAGUCUAGUAUAAGAAGUAGUAAAAAUCCAUUUUAAAGGAAAAUAACAAAGAGAUAGUAGUCUGGGGAAAAUCGAUACUCAGUGAUUACAUUUAAUGGUUUAGCAGCAACUCCAUUAGCAUAAAAUGAUAAAACCAAUACUUAUGUUAGCUAAUAAGAUAAACCAGCACAUAAGGACUCUAAUUCAAUCACUAUUCAUACUUAAAGAUCGAAAAUGGAUUAUUUAGAAGUCUCUAACAUGGACUUCUAAAAUAUGGUAAAUCUUAGGAAAUUUUCUCAAUUCGCUUACUAGACUGACCUCAGAAUUUCUACUACAUCAAAUAGUGAAUUUCCUGAAGACUAGUAAAAAUCAGAUAAUUUUUUUGAAAAUUAUCCUAAAAAAGUAUUAAUAAGUCAAGCAAAUUCUAAGUUCAAACUAACGAAUUUGAUUUUUAGAUUGAAAAAUAUUAAGAAAAAAUUGAAAGUUAAAUGCGAGUUAUAUUUAGAAAAUUAAAAGCAUCCAGAAAUUAAAAAGUUGAUAUUUACAAAGAAUUUGAUAAAAAUGCUAAAGUCAUAGAAACUUGAAUUAGAUGAAAAAUUUCGAAGGAAAUUUAUCAAGUUCAACAUGGAGAGUGUUCUUGAGGAAAUAGAUGAAUUAAAAAGGUUUAUCAAGCCAAUUAUAAAACUUUCAAAUUAAAAAGUUGAAGCUACAGAAAAGUUAUUUCAAUAGACUUUUAACUCUAGGAUGCCUAAAAAUCUCAAAGAUAUGAUUAGAUCAAAGACACCAUUAUUUGAAACAACUUUCAAGGCUAAUAGUACUUAGAGAUAAGACUAUUUAUAAAAAUUAGAAAGAAAACUAGAAAAACUAAAAUCAACAACCUAUUAAAAUAAUUUAACCUAUUUUUAAGAGAAUCAGAGAGCCAAUACAACGUUCGAACAUAAAAAUGUCUAAAGUUCUUUCGGAAGUAAUAAUGCUACAAACUAGACUAUUAUUUUGCCAAUUGCCGCUGAUAAUCAGUAAUUUAGAUGCAAGACUCCAUAAAGGAUAAGAAAUCAAAUUUUUAAAACUUAACAAAAUAGUCCACUGAUGACAAUGAAACUAAACUAUGCUAACUAGAAAAUGCCUGAUAUAUAAAUUAACAGUGUUGAUAUACAAUUGCAUCUUAAACAUUAGCCUAAGAUAAAUUCUCAUCCUGUGAAAGCAAGGCCCAUAUCCUCAACAGAAAAUUCAAUGAGCAAACUUCUAACAUAAGAUAAAUAUACUGAGUCAAGUGCUACUAGAGUUACAAGAGAGGAUGCAAACACGAAUAAAAAUCAUGCAUCAUUUGAUGGUAAAUCAAUGUUUAGAACUACUGAUUAUGAUAUUAGUCCUUCUUUGACUAAGUAACAUGCGUCUUUUGGUUAAGCUUUUGAUUAAUUUUCUAAAUUCAAAAAGUAAAAGAGUAAAUUCUAGAGUAGACCAAGUGACCCCAAAUACUUCUUAAAGCUAGUUGAAAAGAUCUCUUAAAAUUAAGAAAGUGGCUACAAUGAUUUUAGUAGUUAAAGGAAGGGUCUCUAAAGUUCAAAGAAAUCUUUUAACUCUUCUUUCACUAAUUGUUACAAUCCAGCUAGUAACACCAUGCUAUGA